AUGUAUGUGGAAAAGCUGAUGCCAACUACUGGUGUGACCAAGCCGUAUCCAAUCGUUUUCAUUCACGGACAAGCUCAAACAGGCACAAAUUGGCUCAACAAGCCUGAUGGAGGAGAAGGCUGGGCAUCCUACUUCCUCUCUCAAGGAUAUGAAUGCUAUAUCCUUGACCAAACUUUUCGCGGUCGCAGUCCCUGGUUCCCUGGCAAUGGGACGGUGAGCACAUAUAGCGCUGAGCUGUUGCAGCAGCGCUUCACUGCACCACAACAAUAUAAUCUCUGGCCGCAGGCCUCCUUGCACACUCAAUGGAACGGGAUGGGUGUAAUGGGCGAUCCGAUAUUCGACACUUAUUAUGCGUCAACGGUCGAGUUCCUUGAUUCAGCGACCUACCAGCAAUCUACUGUCCAGGCUGCCGGCGCUGCUCUGCUUGACCUUAUUGGAUCCCCAGUUGUCCUUCUCUCCCAUUCACAGGGUGGGCCAAUUGGCUGGCUCAUUGCGGAUAUGCGCCCGAAUCUUGUGCACUCAAUUGUUUCGAUCGAGCCUACGGGCCCUCCGUUCCAGGAGGCCGUAUUCAGCAACGCCUCUGCGCGCCCUUACGGGCUUACCGAUAUCCCCCUUACCUUCUCGCCACCGGUGACCGAUCCAGCCAAUGAUCUUGUUAAAAAGAUCAUUCCUUCCAAUUCGUCCCUGUACUCAGACUGUGUUAUGCAGGCUAGUUCCCCUUCACCGAGACAGCUCGUCAACCUCGCACACGUGCCAGUCCUGGUCGUAACUACCGAGUCAUCCUAUCAUGCACCGUAUGAUUGGUGUACAGUGCAGUUACUGCAACAGGCAGGCGUAUCGGCCAAGCACCUGAAGCUGGCGGAUAUUGGCAUUCAUGGGAAUGGGCAUAUGGUAUUCAUGGAGAAAAAUAGUUUGCAGGUUGCAGCUACCCUAGGGCAGUGGAUAGAGCGUACGUGA